UUUGAGCCAUUCAGCAAAGUUGAGUGUUUGCGAACCUUUCUACCGUUAGACCCAUUGCAAGGGUUCAAUCUGAGCAGCUUGACCCACAAGGUUCCUCAUGAUAUGAUGCCUAAACUUAGAUUCUUGCGUGUUCUAUCCUUUAGUGGUUAUCUCAUAGCUAAGUUGCCAGAUUCAAUUGGCAAUUUGAAAAAUCUUAGGUACCUCAAUCUAUCUCAUUGUGAAAUAAAAGAGUUGCCUGAGUCAACAAGCAACCUAUACAAUCUGCAGACAUUGAUAUUAUUUCGAUGCGUAUCUCUUACCACGCUGCCUACAGAUAUGGGAAACCUAAGGAAUCUACGGCAUCUCAAUAUUCUAGGAACUAGGCUGAAGAGUAUGCCUCUGAGAAUGGGAAGAUUGAUUAACCUUCAAACACUCUCAGAUUUUGUUGUGGGGAAACACAUCGGAUCAGGGAUAGCAGAGUUAAAAGACUUGUCACAUCUUCGAGGUUCACUUUCCAUUUCUGGUUUGCAUGAAGUCAGUGUUGGGGAUGCAAUUCGGGCGAAAAUGCAGGUUAAGCAACACCUUGAUGAACUAGUUAUGGAAUGGAGCAGUGAUGAUGAUUCGCGAAAUGAACAAAUUGAGACAGAUGUAUUGGAUGCAUUAGAGCCUCAUGAAAACUUGAGUAAACUCACCAUUAGCUACUAUGGUGGUACAAAAUUUCCAAGUUGGAUGUGUGAUCCUAUACACUGGCAUGGUAUAGCUGCAUCUCAAAGGUUGUGCAAAAUGCACAUCUUUACCAUCCCUUGGCCAACUGCCUUCUCUUAA